UUCCUCAAAUUUAAAAACGGCUUUUAUUUUAACAUGAAAUUAACGGAGGUGCUAUUUGCUAUUCCCGUUUACUUGUCCACUGGACCAUCUAGGCCCAGUCAAAACAAUGCAGGUUUAAAUAUUCAACACUUUAUUAAACCAUAACGGUGUCGUAUAGAAAAAAAACGUCGCUUCGGGUUUUAUUUCGGCAGUGGCCAGUCGUGUUAUUCAUGCGGCUCUUUUCGUCCUAGGUGGUCUAUCCGUGUAAGUACUCCCGUGGGUGUUUUUGUUUUGUUCUCGGUGACGGUUGGAAAUGGAGACAGCUAACGGUAGCCUGAGAGCGGCGGAGGGGAGCGGCUGAAAACACGAAAGAUAUCGAAAUUCAGCAAGGGGAAACGAAGUGGGUGUCGAUUAUUAAAAGAAUAACGGGAUUAAUACAUCUGUUGUAGGUGGACCGGUAACAUGGUGGAGUAGUAGGGGUCUCCGGUGUUGACGUUAUCGGGCGGCUCUGACCGACCGACCGACGGACGGUUUGCUCUCACCGGGGAGGCUAAUCAUGGCCCCGGGCUCGCUGGUGGCGGCCUGUCGCAGCCUGGCCCUCUCGACGUGGCUGCUGUCUUUCUGCUUCGUCCACCUGCUGUGCCUGGACUUUACUGUGGCCGAGCGGGAGGAGUGGUACACCGCCUUCGUCAACAUCACUUACGUGGACCCGGCCACCUCGGAGCUCCGUACCGAGAAGACGGAGUGCGGGCGAUACGGAGAACACUCGCCUAAGCGGGACGCCAAAGGGCUGGUGGUCCUACCUGCUUCCCCGCACGACCGCCAGGCCUGCGACCCCAACACCCGGUACUCGGUGCCCGGGCAGGCCGGGCCCUGGAUAGCACUGAUAGCCAGGGGUAACUGCACAUGCAAGGAUAAGAUCCGCCACGCUGCAGCCCACAACGCCUCGGCGGUGGUAAUUUUUAACGUGGGAUCCGCUAAUGCCAACGACACCAUCACAAUGCCUCAUGCAGGUACAGGUGAGGUGGUUGCCAUCAUGAUCCCUGAGCCAAAAGGCCGUGAGGUCGUGUCACUGUUGGAACGUAAUGUGACUGUCACCAUGACGAUCACCAUCGGGACAAGGAACCUGCAGAAGUAUGUGAGCCGAACAUCGGUGGUGUUCGUGUCCAUCUCUUUCAUUGUGCUCAUGAUCAUCUCUCUGGCCUGGCUCGUCUUCUACUACAUCCAGAGGUUCCGAUACGCCAACGCACGAGACAGGAACCAGCGUCGUCUUGGUGAUGCAGCGAAGAAAGCCAUCAGCAAGCUGCAGGUUCGGACCAUCAGGAAGGGUGACCAGGAGACUGAGGCUGACUUUGACAACUGUGCUGUCUGCAUUGAAGGUUACAAAGCCAAUGAUGUGGUUCGCGUUCUACCCUGCAGACAUUUGUUCCAUAAGAGCUGUGUAGACCCGUGGCUGCUGGACCAUCGCACAUGUCCGAUGUGCAAGAUGAACAUCUUGAAAGCCCUGGGCAUCGCUUUAAAUGCAGAUUGCCUGGAUGACCUGCCGCUAGAUUAUGACCUGGCUCUUGGUGGAGUGGGUGGGGUCGGAGUAGGUGGAGUCGGCGGAGUUGGGGCCCUGGCCCUGGAAGCCAUGGUGUCUGGGGCAUCAAGCGAUGGCACACUGAGCGAGGGCGGGUCCUCGGUGGUACUGGAUCCUGGUGUGCGACGGGUGGGGCUCCCACAGGAUUACCAAGAUCCUGACACCCUGAGGGACAGCCCUGUGACGGCCACCACUGACACACAUACAGGUGAGCUGCAGCCAAUGGCAAGCAGUGCCUCAGUGGCAUCCUUAGUGAUUGCCGUUGAAACAGGCCUGUCAGAUGAGGAGGGGUCCAUGGAGCAGUCUCAGCUGGGGGACAAGUCCUGAGAGGAGGCCAGCAGAACCAAAACAGGGCCAAAGCAGGCUUGGAUCAGGGUUUUUUUUUUUUUUUUUUGAAACAUGGGAACACAAGUGGGCCUGAACCAGGAACCAAAAGACUGACCUGAUAUGGCUCUAGUCUCACCUAGUUCUAAUUUAAACUGGUUCCAAGCAGAGUCUAAAUCCAGCAGCAUUUUUUUGCCUAGUUUUUCCUGUGUUUGACCGGAACUUGGUAGGCUGGUUUUGAAACAAUCCACUUUAUAUGGACCCCAGAUGGAUCCUAGCUCAGCUAAUCUAAGGUCUACACUACAUGAAUAAUGGUUUGGUUUAAAACUGAACUAUGUGAGGACGUGAAGAUGACUCACUGACCUGGUUAGGAUUCAUUGUUCCCGCUGAUGCACCUUGACCCGGCAUGACCCAGAGCCCAGGAUUUAACCUCAGCUAGCAUGCCAUGGUCGGAUCCUGGACCGUCUUAGUUAAGAUGGAGUUAAUGUGGGUAUUUUCCUGGGAUUAAGCUAGAGGUUAACUCCUGUUGUCGCUCCAUGUAGAUGUCUUACUUGACUAUCCAGACUUCUUUUACCCAUCAGCCUCAUCUUCCCUGACACACUUCCACUACAUCUAGUGGUAACCCAUCCUCUUUUUCUGGACUGUUCUUCACCUCCUGGUUUGUUGAACUUCGAAAGAGCAGAUGGGAUUUAAAUAAGCUAAGUGAAUUGAAUCUAGACUCAUGAUACAUACGGAUGAACCUCACUGAAACGGAGUUGAGCCUGAGGAAAGACGGUUGCCAAAAGACAGCAUACUCUUUGAAAGACGUUCCUCAAUAUUCCUUAAUUGGCGAAUGUAGAGGAGCUGAGUGUUUGAUGAAUGCAUGUGAACUCAAAGGUGUUUUCUAAAAUUGUCUGUGAGUGAUCUGCGCCAUGAAUUUUGACUUAUCUGCACAUUUCUACUUCAGUAAGGAGUACAUCUCUCUCUCUCUGGACAUUUGUGGAUUAUUCUGUUACCAGGUUUUUCCAGGUAGGGAGGCACAAACGGGAUGGGACACAGGUCCACUCACUCUCGUCCCCUUGGAAUAAUUUAUCUUGAUAAUUUAGCUAAUUUUAUUUUGGAGUCUGUCUGUUUGUAGAGCUCUUAUUUUGAUGUGAGUGAUAUGCAGUGACUGACUUUAUUUUGGAAGGUUAAUUUUGAAAGGACACAGCAAUUUCUUGAGGCGAUUAGUUCAGUUUUCCAACUUUUCUAGUGUUUUACUAAAAAGAUGAAGUUGGUUGGGCCGGUUACAGUGUUCCAGAAAGGGUUUGAUGGCAGUAUUGAAUAGCAACUACACACAGUAUUUUUUUCCUUCUCUUUCUUUUUGCGUGUUGGUAUAAUUCAAGCUUCCGUUAUCUUUACAGCAUUACUUAAUUUGGGUGGUUUCUCUUCUUGGCUUUUGUGCUACACAGGGUUCCUUUGUAUGUCUGAUAAACACUACAAAAUGCUGUUGACUGUUUUCAGAGCUGUAAAGAAAACUAUACACUACUACAGCUGUCUUUCCAUCAGUGUAUUUUUCUGUGCAUUUUGAAGCAUUGGUAAAUGGAAAUCACAAAAUUCGGUAAAACAUCCUCAGUUUCACUCACUUGAGGUGGUCUCGCCUUUUUCAGAAGACAUAACACAUUUAAUGGGAGAUGGGAACACCUUUUGUGAAGAAGUUCACAUGUAGCGAGAGUCAUGAUUGAUCAGCUGUUUACAUUUCUAUAGAAGAACAGGCUGUUUUCUGCGUCUUCCUGUAUAUUUUAAUAAAUCACUAUAAUGUG